AUGCAGCUCCGGCCGGGAGCUACAGUACUACUCGAUGCCGCGGCAGCCACAAAAUCCGCCGUGGUAACAUGCCACCUCUGCCAACAACCCGCCCACAUCCUCCGAGGUCCCGCUGCGGCGAGGAGAACGCAGUUCUUGAACCAGCGCCGAGGCUUACAUUCAUCCAGCCGGCGGGACUCAGCAUGGGCCGCCGCCGUCCAGGUGGCCUCGAACGUGGUCGGAAAUGUGGUCAAGGAAGCUACCAAGGACAAGGGAAUGACCGUCGACCCCCUCCGCACGGUCGCCAAAGAGAUGAAGUUCCUCACAGGCAAUAUCCGCAAGCUGCUCGGGUCAGGUCACCCCUCGCUGGACCGAGUCGCAAAAUACUACACCCAGGCUGAGGGCAAGCACAUCCGGCCUCUGAUAGUCUUGCUCAUGAGCCGCGCCACGCAUCUGUGCCCCAAGGCCGCCACAUUCGAGAACCCCCAGACUUCGAGGGGCAUCGAUACUUCGAUAUCCCCCAUUCAGAUCCUGGCAGACGUCAACCCCUCUGCCAAUCCCCUCACAGCCUACGACAAAGAGAUGCCCGAGGAGGGCAACCCAGAUAUCCUACCCAGCCAAAGACGACUCGCCGAGAUCACAGAGCUGAUCCAUACCGCCUCCCUGCUCCACGACGACGUUAUCGACCACUCCGUCUCCCGCCGAGGCUCCCCCAGCGCCAACCUCCAAUUCGGGAACAAGAUGGCCGUUCUCGCCGGCGACUUCCUCCUCGGCCGCGCCUCCGUCGCCCUCGCCCGCCUCCGCAACGCCGAGGUCGUCGAGCUCCUCUCCACCGUCAUCGCCAACCUCGUCGAGGGCGAGUUCAUGCAGCUCAAGAACACGGAGCGCGACGAGCGGUCCCCCAAAUACUCGGAGGAGACGCUGCAGUACUACCUCCAGAAGACGUACCUCAAGACGGCCUCGCUCAUCUCCAAGAGCUGCCGCGCCUCCGCCCUCCUCGGCGGCGCGGACGCCGCCACCGUCGACGCCGCCUACUCGUACGGUCGGAACCUGGGGCUGGCGUUCCAGUUAGUGGACGACAUGCUCGAUUAUACCCGCUCGGGCGCCGAGCUGGGCAAGCCCGCGGGGGCCGACCUCGAGCUCGGACUGGCCACUGCGCCCCUCCUGUUCGCGUGGAAGCAGAUGCCGGAGCUUGGAGCGCUGGUCGGGCGCAAGUUUGAGCAGGAAGGGGACGUCCAAAGGGCUCGCGAAUUAGUUCUUCAGAGUGAUGGUGUCGAGCAGACCCGCGCUCUGGCGCAGGAGUACUCAGAGAAGGCCAUGAGUGCCAUUGCCCACUUCCCUGAGAGCGAGGCCAAGGACGGUCUGAUGGAGAUGGCUCACAAGACAAUCAAGCGGAACAAGUAG